UGACAGUGAACUCGUAUACCUGAGUGAAAAUACUGGAUCUUAUUACGUAUAGCUUUCAUAUGUUGGCUACGAGUUAACUACGAGAAGUUUGUGGAAAUGGCGGCAGUAGGAAGGUAUUGGUUGAUGCUUGUACGGAACAAUAUCACGAAUUUUAAGGAUAUAAGAUGCAUAACAACUUGCAGUUUCUCCAAUAAGUGUCUGAGGCACAUAUAUAGGUCACAUUCAGAUGUUAGGAAUUAUUCUAGCGACAAAGAGCAAUGGCAUUGUAACGUAGGCACAAUUGGGCAUGUCGAUCAUGGGAAAACAACCUUAACCGCAGCUAUCACGAAAGUAUUGUCAAAAGAUGGAGCAACGAGAUUUAUUUCUUAUGACGAAAUUGACAAAGCACCAGAGGAACGAUCUAGAGGCAUUACAAUUAAUGCAGCACAUAUCGAAUAUAUUACAAAAAACAGGCAUUAUGCACAUACAGAUUGCCCAGGGCAUGCUGAUUACAUAAAGAACAUGAUAUCCGGGGCAUCACAAAUGGACGGUGCCAUCCUGGUUGUAGCUGCCAAUGAUGGUCAGAUGCCUCAAACACGAGAACAUCUACUCUUAGCAAAACAAGUCGGAGUCGAAAGAGUCGUUGUUUUUGUAAAUAAAGCCGAUUUGGCUGAAAAUGAUGUGCUUGAACUUGUUGAGCUCGAAAUGCGGGAACUGCUGGAAGAUUUUGGUUUCGAUGGACUUAAUUCGCCCAUGAUACGUGGUUCUGCUCUGUUGGCACUCAAUGGUGACACGUCAGAACUUGGAGAAAAGUCAAUCUGGCGUUUGCUAGAUGCUAUCGAUAGCUACUUCCCAAUACCUACAAGGGACUACACAUCACCUUUUGUGCUUCCUAUAGACAAUGCUUUCACAGUUCCAGGAAGGGGUACAGUGGUUAUUGGUACACUUGGGAAGGGUGUAAUGAAGAGGAAUGCAGAAGCAGAACUGCUUGGGUUUGAUGAAGAAAUUAAAACCACUAUUUCUGAUGUUCAGGUAUUCAAGAAAUCUGUUCCUGAAGCAAGGGCUGGUGACAAUUUGGGGGCAUUGCUUAGAGGUGUGCGAAUACAGAGUGUACAGAGAGGAAUGCUUUUAUGUGCAGCUGGAAGUUAUGUCAUUGGUAACCAUUUUGAAGCUAAAGUGUACUUUCUGACAAGAGCUGAGGGUGGAAGAAGUAAACCAGUUACAUCUAAGUACAUACAGCAGCUCUUCAGUAGAACUUGGAAUGUGCCAUGUCGUGUUGAUGUGAUUGGUGGUGAAAUGUUAAUGCCUGGUGAACAUGGUUCCGUAUAUCUGACUUUACUCAGAAAAAUGGUGAUGACUGAAGGACAGACAUUCACAAUACGUGAAAAUCAUAAAACUGUGGGUACAGGAAUAAUUAUAAAAAUGUUGAACAGUGUUAAUAUUGUGAAAUCAAACCUAAGCAAACUUGAUAUUAAACACAGACAAUAACAGUCCAGAAUUGCAAAUGUGUUGAGAAGACAGAUGUAGGAACAAAAUAUAAUGGAUUUUUCUUGUAUUUUGAAAAAUUUACCAAAACUUGACCAAAUUAAAUUGCUCCAUUUUUGCACAUACUUAUAUCAGAGAGCUGUAAGUAGCAGAUGUUGAUAUGCAGAUUGUUAUAAGGUGGCGUGGAUAAAUGUGCAUCAUCCACUA